AUGUCUACCGCAACACUUUCAUCCCACUGUAUGUUCACAAUUGUACCCCCGAGCCGAAGUACAAGUGCCUUUAUCAAGAGCCCAUCCUCUCUAGGAUCUGUAAAGAGCAUCUCGAAAACAUUUGGCUUGAAAUCCACCUAUGGUUUCAGAGCAUCUGCAAUGGCAGUAUACAAGAUAAAGCUGAUUGGAGAGAAUGGCGAAGAGACCGAGUUUGAAGCCCCUGAUGAUGCUUACAUCCUGGAUUCCGCAGAGAAUGUAGGAAUUCAGCUUCCAUAUUCUUGCAGAGCUGGUGCAUGCUCCACCUGUGCUGGGAAGAUUGCAUUGGGUUCUGUUGAUCAGUCUGAUGGAUCCUUCCUCGAUGGGAGCCAAAUGAUGGCCGAUCGAGAAAGCGAGAGGCACCCCAAAAAGCACACUUUAGGCCGAAAGAGAUUUGUACAAAGUGUAAUUCUCCCAAAAGAGGAAAUAAAGACAAAAGAGGGAGGUCAAAGUUGUUAUUCUACGACGAAAAAGGCCAGCAAGAGUGACGAAGCGGAAAAGCUGAGGUGUAAACCGACCUUUUCAGACAUCGAGCGUGGUUCGCGAGGUGGAUCGCGUGACGGCCGUAUUGUUAGCCUCGGAAUUGGAAUUAACUAUGGCCAGAUUGCCAACAAUCUCCCAUCUCCUUCCCGGGUUGCCAUCCUCCUUACAUCUGUCAACAUCAGUAGAGUGAAACUCUACGACGCUGAUCCAAACGUAUUAAGCGCAUUCUCCAAUUCUAAUGUUGAUUUUGUUAUUGGACUUGGGAAUGAGUAUCUUCAGACAAUGACCGAUCCUGUUCAAGCUCAAACUUGGAUUCAACAGAAUGUCCAGCCUUACCUUCCACAGACAAAGAUUAGUUGUAUAACCGUUGGAAAUGAGGUCUUAUCUGGAAAUGAUACUCAGUUAAUGUCCUAUCUCCUCCCGGCAGUGCAAACCAUAUAUGGCGUUCUUGUAAAUCUUGGCCUAAGCAAACAAGUAUAUGUGACAACUGCACAUUCACUUGAAAUUUUAGGUAAUUCCUUCCCACCUUCCGCAGGGGCUUUCCAACAAGAUCUUGCUGAGUACAUCCAACCCAUUCUCAAUUUUCAUUCGCAGACCAACUCGCCGUUCCUCAUAAAUGCAUAUCCAUAUUUUGCAUACAAAGAUGACCCAGAUCAGGUUUCACUGGAGUACGUGCUUUUCCAGCCUAACCCAGGGGUGACUGAUCCAAUUACGAAUUUGAACUAUGAUAAUAUGUUAUAUGCACAAAUUGAUGCUGUUUAUUCAUCAAUCAAAGCGAUGGGUUAUACAGACGUGCAAGUUAAAAUUUCUGAGACGGGUUGGCCAUCUAAGGGGGAUCCCAAUGAGGUAGGAGCUACACCAGAGAAUGCAGAAAUAUACAAUGGUAAUUUGCUGCAGCGGAUAGAACAGCAGCAAGGUACUCCAGCAAAACCAUCAGUACCAAUCGAUAUAUAUGUUUUUGCACUUUUUAAUGAAGAUCUUAAGCCUGGUCCGACAUCAGAGAGGAACUAUGGGCUAUACUAUCCAAAUGGUACUCCAGUUUAUAACAUUGGUUUACAGGGUUAUCUUCCCCAGAUGGAUUACUCAGCUUCACAGAAGAAUGCCUUGUCUAUUUGCACUCUUCUCCUUUUUUCCCUAGUAUCCUUAAUCUAUGUUUAG